CACUACAAGUAUCAUCAUAUAGUUAAUCAGCAAAUUAAUUAAAAUGAAGAUGAGUUUUGGAUUGUGCUCCUUAUUUCUUGUUUUUUGGUUGGCUUCAAUUGCAUAUGCAUCAGAUCCAUCCCAGCUUCAGGAUUUCUGCGUUGCUGUUCCUGAUGCCAAAAAUGCUGUUUUUGUGAAUGGGAAGUUUUGCAAGAACCCGAACAUGGUGGUCGCCGAUGAUUUCCUUUUCCAGGGUCUAAACAAGGCCGGAAACACAUCCAAUAACCUCGGAUCAGUCGUGACACCGGUCAACGUCAACCAGCUCGAAGGCCUCAACACUCUCGGCGUUUCCAUGGCUCGUGUUAUAAAAUCAAGACGUAUCAGGAAUGAACAAGCCACAAUUGCAAGAAUGAAUGAAGAACUUGAUUUGUGAUAAGUAUGGAGUAACACACGAUAUUGAGAAAACAAUGAAAAACUCUUAUUGAAUAUUGA